AUGUAUGAAGCUAGAAUAAAGUUAGCAAAAUUAAAUUAAGAAAAAAGUGAUGGAAUUCCUAAUUAAUUAAAAGAAUAUUAUGAUGAAUAAACUAAUGUUAAAUUUUAAGAAAAUGAUUUUAAUAGUUUAUAAGAAAAAAUUAAAAAAGAAAUAUUUGAAGAUUACAGACACGAUUAUUUUGUUAAUUAAAUAAUGGAAGAACUUAAACCUAAAACUAGCUUUAUACCUCAAAAUCCAUAUAAAACUUUAGUUGGAAUUGUAGAACCUGAAGACUUGGAAGGAGUUUCUAAGGUUUGGAAAUAGAAAUUUAAAACUACUUAUGGACAUGAAAUUUUAGAAGACGAAGAUAUUGUUUAAGAAAGAUAAAAAAAAUUAAUGUAAAAAAUGUAAUGA